GUCCAUCCCGAGAUCUCUUAGAGACCGGUCAUGUAGCGCACAGUGACAAAACCGAAAAAAUAUUCUACCAACUUAAAACUCAAUGUAAUUAUAUUGAUAAUAAAAUUUUAAUACCUAUUUAGUGAGACUGUGAAACUACAAAGAAAAUAGUUUAAAACAACAUGAAGUUUCAGAUUUUAUUGACAAUAGUCUGCUUGACAAUAAGAAUAGAUUCCCAAAGUCUGAAACCGACACAGACUUCCAAUAGAUAUGAACCUGGAUCUGAACAGUUAUUUUUCGAAGAUAACUUGCCCAAGACUUAUAACUUUAACAACGUGAAUCUAAGUAGUGAUGACGCAAAAGCCAGCCUACAACAAGCGCAGACGCAGUCCCUUGACAGUCACUUGCGACCUGAUCAACAAGCACAACGAAACACAAGAAAUGAUAACAAACAGGAUGAAGGAUAUAAGAACGUAAAUAAACCAGCAAUUCAAAAUGGUAACUUACAGAAUCAGUACCAAACAAUUAAUCAAAACGAAAACUUACAGAGUCAAACAAAUAAUAUACAUAAUCAGAAUCUGCCAGUAAAUCAGAAUAAUGUUCAAAACCAGAAGCAAUUUAAUCCGAAUUUGAACCAAAAUCCGAACUACCAGUUUCAACAAAGCAUAGAACUUGCACCGCCUUUGCAAUCAAGUCAAGAUUACUAUUCCAAGCAAAAUUUAAUGCAAUCAAACAUCGGUGGUGACAACAGAUAUACAACUCGAGCCGACGUUCCUCUAUCUCAAAGUUCUCAGCAGGUGAAUUUGACGCAGGAUGUGAAACUUGCGUCUGCGGUUAUCUCACAUGUCGGUAUUUUUAUGAUGAAGAGUGCAAGAGGGAAUCAAUCAAACGUUGUGGUUUCCCCAAUGUCCGUGGUAAAUAUGCUGGCUCUCCUGCAAGCUGGCGCCACGGGCGUAACUCAAGAACAGGUCUCAAACGCAUUGAGAUUGUCUCCGGCGAAGUCAGCUGAAGCAUUUCGACUUAUGAAUACAGCCUUCCGGAAGCGAGGUACCGAACGAAACAUUUUGCGAUCAGCGUGCAGUAUUUUCGCAGCAGAUUCAUUCGAGCUUAGCCGUGAUUUCAAGAAUUUUGCCAUUGAAAACUUUGGCAGCGAAGUAUCAAGAAUCAGCUUUGAUAACCCAAACGCUGCUGCCCGGGAGAUAAACUCUUGGAUUGCUAGUAAGACAAACGACCAGAUUGACAGGCUGGUAUCACCAGAUUCCAUCGGUGUUAACACUCAACUUGUGCUUGCCAAUGCGAUAUACUUCAAGGGUAUAUGGGAGACCAUGUUCAAACCAUCAGAAACGUCACUACAGGACUUUAAUCUGAGCAAUGGAAGCAAAAAAUCUGUUCCGUUCAUGACGCUGCGAAGUGGCUUCAGGGCUGGUUUAGACAAGGCUAAUCAAGCCAUGGUUAUCGUUUUACCUUUUGAGAACAAUGAAUAUUCUCUAGUCAUGUUGCUGCCCGUUCCUGGUGCUGACGUAUCAACUGUGUUGACGUCGCUCGACGGUGAAACUCUAGCAAACUACCAGCACUUACGGCGCCAGGAUGUUCUUCUCGAAAUACCGAAGUUCACUGUUCGUAGUAACGCUAAUCUGCAACCGAUUUUCGCGAAGAUGGGAAUCACAAAGAUGUUUACCCCAACAUCGGAACUCAGCCACAUCGGCCUGUACCGCGCCACCUCACCCCAAGUCUCCUCAGCGGUUCAUUCUGCCAUGAUGUCAAUAGACGAACGCGGUGCCACAGCCGCCGCAUCUACAGUGGUUGCAGUCGUAGCGUUGUCAUUCGACAACCCGUCCGUUGUGUUCAGGGCAGAUCGGCCGUUUUUAGCUGUGCUGUGGGAUAAUCAGCUAAACGUGCCUUUGUUCAUGACCAAGAUUGAAGACCCUUCAUUGUAAA